CAUUAUGGUGAAGGUCCACCGCCUCCAAUCCUCGCAGGACCCUUGAUUUUUGGCGCGUCACGGUUGCCAUCUUUCCCUUUUCGGUCAAAUCUUCAGUUAACAUCACCAUUCAGCUUCCGACCCUUUCUCGGGAAAAUUCGCAGCAUCUGUUUCCUCUACGGAACCCUCAUGAACUUUCGUCCGAAGCCUCCUCUGUUUUCUCUCUGAAUUUUCGUUGGCACUCCCUCUCGAGUCUCUCACGUCUCUCUGUUUCAUCAAAUCCUCUGUUUUGGGUCGAUACAGAUUGAUGUUAUCCAUCCAUAAGCUGCAGAGAAAUUGGUGAAAAAAAUGGGAUCUUUUUCUUUCGCAAGUUCUCUCCACUCCACGCAGCUUUCAGUCGUUAACUCGUUUUCUAACAAAAACUGUGAAGUGCCCCGUUCUUGCCUCGCUUAUUAUCGCUGCAAUAGAAGGUCUUUUGAUUUUCCUGGUGGUAGUCUCUCGAGAAGGGGAUAUCGCCAGUCUGUCACCGUUGCAGCUGCGGGAGCAAGUGUGACAAACUCUGUACCUCCGAGAAAUGGGUCAUACACCGUCGGCGAUUUUAUGACAAGGAAAGAAGAUUUACAUGUUGUCAAGGCCACAACAACUGUAGAUGAAGCUCUAGAGAUGCUUGUGGAGAAGAGAAUAACCGGCUUCCCUGUGAUUGAUGAUGAGUGGAAUUUGGUUGGUGUUGUUUCAGAUUAUGACCUUUUGGCACUUGAUUCUAUAUCAGGUGGUGCUCAAGGGGAUGCAAACAUUUUCCCUGAUGUCGAUAGUUCUUGGAAAGCUUUCAACAGGAUACAGCGAUUGCUAAGUAAGACUCACGGAAAAGUUGUCGGUGACUUGAUGACACCUGCACCACUUGUUGUUCGGGAAACUACCAAUUUGGAAGAUGCUGCAAGGUUAUUGCUGGAAACGAAAUACCAUCGAUUGCCGGUGGUAGAUGGCAAUGGCCAAUUGAUUGGAAUCAUAACAAGGGGAAAUGUGGUCAGGGCUGCCCUGCAGAUAAAGCGUGCGAACGAGCAUUCUUCUUGAUUUUCAGUAAUUAAAGCAUUACAUACUAAUGCGGAAAUGGAAAUUUUUUUUGUCCGACCUGAUUCUAGUAGAUGAGAAGGUUGUGGGAGCACACGAAUUCAUGCCCCAUGCGAAACAGGCAAAGUAUCGAUGAGAGUUGAUUGUUUGGCAUCCAAUCUAUUGGAAAAUUUUCCAGGACAUGGCAUGACAGAAACAGUGCACCUGUUAUGUCCUGUUAGUUGUUUAUAGGAUUUGAUCUUAUUGAUCCAGCUGGUAAAGUCUAGGAUUGAGUCCGCUGACAGAAACGGUGCAUCUGUUGCCAAAUAAUUGUCCCAGGCUUUCUCGUACUUAGAAUGCUGCAUGACACUUGGGCGAAAAUGGUCGGUGCGAUUAAGCAUACUAGAACUGGUGAGCAUCAUUCUCUUGUUCUGUAUGUAAGAUACUGCUGCUCUUUGGUAUGGCAAUGGCUGCUUUUGUGCUAUUUA